UUAGAUCGAGUAAACUUCUUGUUCUGAAGGAAGUUUAUUUUCACAGCCGUUCAUGCAUUUCCACCCACAACCUUUUUGAGGGGGGUCAAGAGGAGUGAGCUCAAACAAUCAGACUUCUGAUUCAGACAGACAAAUGCAGAUGUGCUUCACUGCAUGCAGGAGCAGGUGGAGCGGAGAGCUUUAACACACACGACACAGAAAGAGAGAGAGAGAGAGAGAGGGAGGGAGAAGGGAUCUGGACAUCCAACAACAACAACAACAUCAACAACAACAAAAAAAGCACCUUUACUUUCACCUGAAAACUUUUAUUUGAUGUUCUAGACGUCUCCCAGAGCCGAGACUGAAUUUGAAGAGGAAGAAGAAUCUGGGAAAAUCAUAAUAAUAAAAAGGAUCUCACUUUCUUCUGGUGAAGCAGAUUCAAAAAGCAGGUCGUCACUGAGAGAUGUUUGAGAAACAACCCUACGACAGUCCUCCUAAAUACACCCCUCCAUCCAAUGGCUUCGGACCCCCAGGGAGCUUCCAGGACCCUCGGAGUGAAUUCGAUCCCUACCCUGCUCCACCAGGAUCCUACUAUGUUGGCGAAGAGGUUCCUCAGCAUUUCUACAAAUGGUUCUCCCCUCCAGGAAUCGUGAAGAUUAUGAUAGGAACCGUCAUAGUGCUCUGUCUGGGAAUCUUCGCCUGCGUGGCCUCGACUCUGGUUUGGGACAUGCAAUACGGAUAUGGAUAUGGGUCUGGAUAUCCUGGAUAUGGAAGUGGGUAUGGAUAUGGCAGUGGAUAUGGAAGCUAUGGAUAUGGAAGUGGAUACGGAAGUGGAUAUGGAUAUGGGAGCUACUAUAAUUCAUAUCCAACCCCAUACUCUGCGAAAACCAGCAUGAUCGCCGUCGCCGCAAUAAACUUCAUCAUCGCUUUGGGAUUUUUUGCUGCCAGCUUCUCCAAAACAAACACUUUCCGCAGCCGGAAGUUCUUUCUGGCCGUACUUGUUGUCUGUUCAAUAAUGGCAGUGAUUCAGGGCAUUAUAAACAUCGUGUACAUCGUAGGAGUGAACCCUAUGGCACAAAGCUCCACCAGCUCAUAUUAUAACCCCAUGCUCAUGAUGUGCCAGAACCUCUACGGCAGCAGUAUGACAGGAAUCGGAGCCGGAUUUCCAGUUUAUAACCAGUACUUGUACCACUACUGCUACGUGGACGCUCAGGAGGCUGUUGCGAUGGUUUGUGGGUUCAUGGUGGUGGUGGCUCUGGCAGUGGCGGCCUUUUUCUCCUACAGGACCAGAAGUAAGAUCUGGCAGUACGGCAAACCAAACAUCUACUGGGAUCGACCUCUGAUGGCAGGAACGGAGGGCAGAGAUGUGGAGGAUUGGGUCAACCAUGUACAGGAUGGACAGAGCAUUCAGGAGGCCUCAAUGGUGUUUUCAGAAAAGAUGUCUCCUGUUCUGGCUUCGGCUCCCAGCGUCGGCUCUAUUCCUGCAAAGACCGGUAGCGUCUUCAGCUCCGAGAACCACAAUGUCCUCGGUUACCCGGAGCGCUCUUUCAGCCGGCCAUCUCACUGUACAUCCCCAUCUAUAGAAGUGAGUUCCAGCCCAUCCGACCAGACGGACACCAUUCGCAAACCCUCUGCUGGCAGGGGCAAGAGACGCAGGAGGAACCCUGAGCUGGAUGAGUCCCAGUACGAAACCGAGUACACCACCGGAGGAGAGACCGCCGACGACUUUGACCAGGAUCUGUGGACACGUCUGUAUCCAGAGAUCACAUCUGACCCCCAGCGACACGACUAUAAGAAAGAGUUUGACACAGACCUCAGGUCCUACAAGGAAGUCUGUGCUGAAAUGGAUGAUAUCAACGACCAGAUAAACAAGCUGAGCAGAGAACUGGACACCCUCGAUGAGGGAACGUCCAAGUAUCAGGCUGUAGCAGAGGAAUAUAAUCGUCUGAAAGACUUAAAACGGAUGCCGGAUUAUCAAAACAAGAAGCACCAGUGUCGCAAACUGCGCCACAAGCUCUUCCAUAUUAAACGAAUGGUCAAGAACUACGACCGCCGUCAAUAAUGAGCUUCAUUAAACCAGCACCUGUUCUCCUUUUUCACCACCUUAGCAUUAAACUAAUCAUGGGCGGCCAUGACGAAGCCUUCAUAUCACUGUGACCAAAGUUUCCCCUAACAAUGGCUUCACCCGGUGCUUAUGAUUAACCUAAAGAUGGUUGCAUUUCAGUAAACCAGGACCAGAAGCGGUCAACCCAACGUUUUUUCCAUUACCUGGAGCUUGUUCUUUCACUGGAAACAUCUGCUUUACUUGGAGCGAGUGACUUAAUAUGGCUUGUAAAGUGCCAUAAAGCAUUGAAAUAUUGUGUUGUUUGUGUGUGAGCUGGGCGUGGCUUUGAGGUUCAACUUCAAGGUCAGCUGAUUAUAUGGGUUUGUUGGUGCAAAUGCACUUUGGACAGUCUUUUUCCACUAAGUUGUUUGCAAUUGCAUUGACACCUAUGCAGUCGGUUUCCUCAUGCAUGACUGUAAAUGAGUGUUUUAUUGUGUGUUUCUGUAAGAGAGGAACUGCUUGAAAACAUACUAGACACUUCCUGAUAAAAGUCUUUUCCUUGAUCUCAAUUGUAAGAGCAACAAAUAAUAACUUGACCUAGUUGAUUAUCUGGAAAAGUGGCAGAAUGAAGCUUUUUCAGAUGAAUCAUCUGUUGAACUGCAUCCCAAUCAUCACAAAUACUGCAGAAGGAACCUAUUGGAACCUGCAUGAAGCCAAGAUUCUGGUAGAAAUCAGUCAAGUUUGGUGAAGGAAAUAUCAUGGUUUGGGGUUACAUUCAGUAUGGGGGCGUGCAAGAGAUCUACAAAGUGGAUAGCAACAUCAACAGCCUGAGGUAUCAAGACAUUUGUGCUGCCCAUUACAUUACAAACCACAGGAGAGGGCAAAUCCCACACGGAAAGAACCUAUAUAAACAUAUAUGUUUUAAUAUAUGUAUAUAUAAUAUAGGAAAACUGCCAAUUUUUAUUAGAUUAGAUUCAACUUUAUUGUCAUUACACAUGUACAAGAACAAGGCAACGAAAUGCAGUUUAGGUCUAACUAGCAGUGCAAUAGCAGCAAGUGCAGGAUACAGGUAUAAGUUAUAAAGUGCAGUUAUAGAGUCACAUAUAUGUCACAUAUAUUAAAAACCUAUUCAAAACUUUAAAAAUCUUGAAACAUAUAUGUUUAUAUAGGUUCUUUCCGUGUGGGGUCUCACUUAUUUGCCAUAGUUAAAUUCCAUAGCAUGCCAAUUACAUGUGAAACCAAUUAAUAUUAAUAAUAAUAUAAAAUUAAUAAUAUAAAAAAUGAGCUAAGCAUCAUGUAUGACAGUUGCCAAAAUGAGGUAUGAGCUAUAGGAUACAUAUCUUGCAUGUACAUAUAUGGCUUAUACUGUAUGUGAAUAUAAAGAAGCAAUAAAGGAGACCUAAAUGGCCUUUAUUUGCACAUAUAUGCACCUCAAUUUGUACACAUAUAUGCAACAUAUAUAUUAUCAUAUAUGUGUACAUAUACUGCAUAUAGGUUUCAUACAUGCGCAAAUAUUCUCAUAUAGGUUCUUUCCAUGUGGGAUUCUUCAGCAGGAUAGCGCUCCUUUUCAUAUAUCAGCCUCCACAUCAAAGUUCCUGAAAGCAAAGAAGGUCAAAGUGCUCCAGAAUUGGCCAGCCCAGUCACAAAAUAUAAACAUUAUUACGAAUGUCUGGGGUAAGAUGAAGGAGGAGGCUUUGAAGAUGAAUCCAAAGAAUCUUGUUGAACUCUGGGAGUCCUGCAAGAACGCUUUCUUUGCCAUUCCAGAUGACUUUAUAAUAAGUUAUUUGAGUCAUUGCAGUGAUGUAUGGAUGCAGUCCUCCAAGCUCAUGGGAGUCAUACACAAUAUUAAUUCUUUUCCAACUGCACCAUGACUUUAUACUCUAUACUGUACAUUAUUUCUGUUAAUAGACAAGACUUUUGUCUAAGCAAAGUCAGACCUUACUGUCCUAAUUAAAUAAUUAAAAUCCAGGCAUGAUCAUAUUUUAUUUUGGUAAAAUAAGUAUAAUCUAGAGGCCUUUGCCUUUCAUAUAGGCCACUUCUGAUACCAAAUGAUCAACUAGAAGUCAAGAUAUUAUUUGUUGUUCCUAAAACUUGGAUAGGCAACAAGACUUUUGUCAGGUAGUGUAAAUACUCUCAUUUCUGAGGUGUGCAGAAACAACAGAGCGAUUUAAACUCACACAGCACUGCAAAAUUAUUCUCGUUUCAUUUUUUUAAGCAACUGACUGCCUCAGUAAAAGAUUAAAAUUAAACAAAUCAAAAAAAUCACUUAGUGAAACUGGAAUUUUAUAUUUAAUAGGUAAAAAAAAGUUAAUGCAGACAUGCAAGAAAUCUGAUGUUUUGUUUGAUGUUUCUAUUUCAUUGCAUUUGACUGUCUGAUUUUGAAAAGUGAUUCUCACACUGUUUAAAACAAUAAUAGCCGAGUUUAUCUGUAACUAAUCAACUUUCUAUGCAAGAUCAAAUAAUGCAGUUUUGUUGUGUUUUUAAAAGUUGUUAUGGACAACAAAUACACUUUUUUUACUCAUUUUUUUUUACGAAAACUGAAAACGUAUUUUUUUCCACACACUCAUUUUCAGUGCUAAGAUAAUGUGUUUUUCUUUUCUAAUAUGCUUAAUAGCAUUCAUGUUCAUCUGUACAUAUUUGUUGUCCUAUUUUCAAUAAAGUUUUGUAUUUUAAGUUUUA